AGGAAUCAAUAAGUUGGAUGCCAAUGAGCUUGCUUUUAUACUGUCUCGGUUAACGAUCAAGGAAGCAGCAGCAGCUAGGCUUGUUUCUCCCCAAUGGGCCCGUGCCUUUUAUAUCUAUUUCUCUAGAAUUAGCGUUCUCAAUUUCAAACGGAAUGAAGCUUUGCUCCACUUCUGUAACAAGCCUCUGAAAUCAAGACACAGGGAGAGCCACAAGUACGUGGAUUGGGUUAAUAAUGUGCUGGAGAAGCAUGAUGGUGGAAAAAUCAAACAGUUUAGUGUCUGCUUUGACCUGGAUUGUCGUUUUACCAGCUCCAUUGAUAGAUGGAUCCAAUUUGCAAUGGAAAAAGAGGUCGAAGAGCUCGAGCUGGAGUUUCUGGUUACCCAAGGUCAUAAAUUCCAAGAUUCCUACAUAUUUCCUCAUCAACUAUUGGGAAUCUCUCACCUUUCUGGUCCAGGCUGCCAUAAUACAUAUCCACCCCGUUGGGAAGCAUGUGAGGAUUGCAUCACUAGUGCUUCUUCUUUUGGCAGGCCUCACCUUGAUCUCCCAACUGGAGGAGGAUUUAAGUGCCUCAAAGUUCUUCACCUGGAAAACGUAGAUGUGGAUGGACAAGUUGUCAAGUAUUUUCUGUCCAACUGUCGUGCCCUUGAAAGGCUGUCCGUGACUGGUGCAACUCAUUUGCUCACCUUAACAGUCGCAGCUCCCUCUGCACCUUCUUUAAGGUAUCUAGUGGUCAAGCACUGUAUUCGGGUCACAAGCAUUACCAUCUGCAACUCCCACCUUUGUUCCUUCAUUUAUGAAGGCAUGUCAAUACACUUGCAACUUGACAAUGUGCCCUCUCUUGUUGAGGUCUGCCUUCAUCAGGCCGACCCUGAAACCUCUGACUUUGCCUCUCUUGCCUUCGAUCAGCUUUCCUCCCAUCUUUUUCAGCUACACACACUCAUGCUUGAUGUUAUGUUCAACGCGCCGUUGUAUCCCAGUGCGUUUGCUGGUGCUGUUCCCAAGUUACCAAACCUCCAGCAUUUGGAGUUGGUUAUUCUAGCUGAUGAUCUAGGGGCCUUCGUCGAUUAGCUGCUUUCCUCCAGGCGUCUCCA